AAAAAAACCCAAACAACCGGAACAGGACUUGCGUAUUCGUACAUCCGUGUUGACACCGUUCAGUAAAUGGCGCGCAAACGGUUACAAGGAGCCAACUCUCCAUUUUGACACUUACGGGGAGAAGUCUGCUCGUCUUUGCCUUUUUGUAAAACACAGGAGCCGGACAAAUGGCGUGUAAAAGAGGAGCGCUUAUUGUCCUGGAGGGAGUGGACCGAGCCGGGAAAACGACGCAGUGUAAGAAGCUGGUCCAGGCGCUGCAGCAGAGCGGACAGCCGGCGGAGAUGAUGAGAUUUCCUGACAGGAGCACGACGAUAGGGCAGCUGAUCAGCUCUUACCUGGAGAACAAGAGCGAUCUGGAGGACCACACCGUGCACUUGCUGUUCUCUGCAAACCGCUGGGAACUGGUGCCUUUAAUGAAGAAGAAGCUGGAGCAAGGCACCACUCUGGUUGUAGAUCGGUACGCCUUCUCUGGAGCUGCUUUCACCAGUGCCAAGCCAGGUUUCUGUCUGGACUGGUGCAAGAAGCCUGACGUGGGACUGCCGAAGCCAGACCUUGUUAUGUUUCUGCAGCUCAGCCCAGCCGAGGCCGCUCUCAGAGGUCAGUUUGGAGAAGAGAGAUAUGAGACCAGUGUCUUCCAAAGAGCGGUUCAGCAGAAAUUUGAACAGCUGAUGAAGGAUCCUUCAGUCAACUGGCAGGUCAUUGAUGCUUCUCAGAGUGUUGAAGAUGUGCACGAGAACAUCGCCAGUCAUACCAUUAAUGCUAUCAACAUGGCUCAGAACCUUCCACUUGGACAGCUGUGGACGUGAACUUAAACUAUUCUCGGUAAAACUGCUAAUUUGCAACUAAGAUACAAUGUAAUAUUUUGCUAUUUUGUGUAUUAUUAUUAUUUACGGUAUAGUAUCAAAAUGACUCUAGAGCAUACUAAAUUCUUUGCUUAGCCCCUGUUUUUACUUGUGCUUUGUAUAGAAUGGAGGAGAAAUGACUUUGCUUUGUUUCAAAGUUCAUUUCACAAGUUCUUGAAAUCGAAGAGAUAUACAAUAUUCAAAUAUCAGUCUGAUUUUUAUUUUUGAAUCCUCUUACAUGUCUAUUCUUUCACCUGUCUACAUAUUGUGUUGAGUAAAUAAAUAAUCUUCAAAUGAA